CUUACUAGCUAUGUUUUUAUACAUAUAUUUUUUAGUUGCCAUGGUAAAUACUGUGUUGCUAUUAAACAUAAGUUUUCAUUUUUUAAUAAUAAUCAAGUGUUCAAUAUAUGUUUUAAAAUGUCAUUACAAAUGUACUCAAUUUUAUACAUAAAUUUAGUAUGUGAAAUGAUUUAUGUUGUGGCUGAGCGAUUAAAAUCCCAAAGAGUCCCCCUAGAUAAAUCUAAAUUAGUUUUAAAUGAUAUAAUAGCUGCAUCAUUCAGUUGUCCCUCUUUAUUCACUGUGUUACCAAUAUUCAGCAGGGAGAUCAUUAAUGGUAAAAUAUGUACUGCUGCACAUUCUUCCAUCAUGAGAUUGAAUGAGCCCAGCAUGGAAAAAUUAAUAGGAUUGAUAGAAACUUCAGUAAAAAUGCAAAUGUUCUCGGCUAACGGACCGAGGCAAGUAUUGUUAUUGACGUUAAACCAUUUGGAUUCAGUUCGUGAAAUGACAUGUAUAAAACAAUUGAAACAGACUAUUGAUCUUGUUCAGCAUAACUUUUCCCAAAUUUAUGGAAAAAUGACAAAUGGAGAAAUUAUAAGAAUACGCUAUACUAUACUUAAUUACCUUCAAGACGUACACAUUAAAGUGACUACGUUCAUUAAAGAAGGACUUCAAAGAUACAAUGGAUCGUUUGUAGCUAUUGGAAAAUGGACUAUUCCACAUGACUGUGAAGCACCAGGUGUAAUACGAAUUUUCAACAAAAAUGGUACACUCAAUGAUAUAAGUACGUUUCAUCCAAUAUCUUUCUAUAAAGUAGAAACAGAAACUGGAUCAUUGGAGCUUAAUAGUCCACGCAAGACAAAUCUUGGUCUUUCGUUGUUUAAAAUAAAUUCAAAUGACGAUGAGCAAUCCGAAAGGUCAGAUCCGUUAUUUUUCUGUCAAACUAUACGCAACGGAUACAAACAAGAAAUGGAUCUUUUUGUCACUCAAUUAUUAGGAAAUGAAAUAUCCAAAAACAAUAAUGACGGUUUGGAUCUUGAAUUGCCCGAUCCUUUAUUAUCCACAACUCGAAAGAAAGCAAAAGAUGUCAAGAUAGAAGAAAAUAAUACUAUACAAUUAACUGUUAAUGCUCCCACUUUAAAAAAUAUAAGAAUCCAAAUGAAUGACACUGCUUCAAGAGAAACUGAAGACGUAAUGAACAUGUUGCAAUUAUUAGAAAUGGAAUAAUUACAUUAUUUAAUUGUUUUACUGUUAGUCGUAGAGAUUGUUACGCUCCAAAUCUCUGAAUUCCAAUAUGUAUGUUUUUAAACGUAGCUUGAGUAUUUCACGACAAAUUUCUUGAUUAUGGUCUGGAUUUGUAAUGCCCAUACAGUACAGUUGAUUUUCAUUUAUUCUUAUAAGUGCUCGACCAAUGAUCUCAUGCUAAAAAAUAAUAAAUGUUAAAAAUAUAUUAUUUUAUUAAAUG